ACUGGUUGCUAGUAGAAACCCUUGGGUGAAACUCACUCAGCUUUAGUAACCUGCCCAACUGCAUAGACUUUAGACAACCAUGUAAAGGGAUUCCACUGUCUGAGAGACCAAACAUCUAACACCAUGGUGGAUGUGAAGUGUCUGAGUGACUAUGAAUUGCAGAAUGAACUUAAUAAGCUUGGAUUUUCACCUGGCCCGAUAUUACCUUCCACCAGAAAAGUGUAUGAAAAAAAGUUAAUGCAACUCUUGGUCUCACCUCCCUGUGUAUCACCCGUGAUGAAUGGACCCAGAGAGCUGGCCAGAGCUCAGGAUGAGGACCGCAAAGAGCAUAAGGCCACUAUCAUUUUGAAAGGAAAUAUCAUUAUCUCAUCAGAAAAAAACGAGGGACCCAAAAAAAUUCAAAGCCUCCAGGGUUAUCUUGGAACACCCACUCCCCAUGGCCCCUCACAGAGACCCGAGGCUCUCAUCACUAAAUCAAAAGCUCCAGAAAUCUACUGCCUGGCCUGUAAACGUUCCGAGGGAAUAAGGCUUACUAGAAGAGCAUCAGACACCACAUUCAAAGAAUCGAGAAGCACCAGAGAGACAGACUGCUGCACAGUGGACGACAGUGUUGAGUCCAGGAACCUAGAGAGCUUUCCAGUGGCCUUGAAGCUUGCUGUGUUUGGCAUCUUCAUCAUUGUGAUAUUUGUCUACAUAACAGUGGAAAAGAAGCCAUUCUUUGGUUAAAUGCUUUAGGAAUCGAGAAUGAGUGAGCACCGGAGAACUGAAAGGGAAAGACAUCGCUAAAAGGGGGUGCUGGACCCCAUGGCCUGCUAGCCUUGUGCUAUGACGCCCUCAUGGAUCUGUACUUAGGCUCAUAAUUUCAAACCAAAGGGGCCUUAUGUAUUCUCUAGUUCACCACUCAUGUUUCAAGAUAAAGAAACAAGCCAGGGAGGUUGAGGGAAAUGCUAAAAGUCACAAUGAAUGGAGACCAGAAUCCAAGGUGGGAAAGAAUGAGGGAGAAAACUAGGCACUAGUGUGAAAAAGCUCAAUGACAGGGACUUCCCCAAGUCAUGCUGGCCAUCAUUAAAGGUGCUUCCACACUUGGCAUACUUCUAAAAAGGAAA